CGCAGUGACGUCACGCGGCAGAGCUGCUCUGAUUGGCUGCUUCAAACCGUGGCGGCGACAGUAGGUCAGCUGUUCCUCUCCUGCUCCCACAGCUCCACCUCGUCCGCUAAAAUUUCCCAUGUGGUGUGUGUAGAAACGCUCCUUCCCGGUCACCGCGACUUCUCCCGGAGCGUGCAGGUGGCGUAGUGUCUUGAGGGAGGUCAGAGGGUGGUCACUGGUCAGGGUGCUGCAAUAAUGUCCUCCAUGCACAUAGAUGAAGACCAGGAGAACCGAGUGCCGGCCCAUAGGAGGCUCAAGAGGGAGGCAGGGACCAGCGGGACUCGAUCUGCUUCUUUCGGACUGCAGGGGAACAACAGCAGACGGCCUGUGCUGUGCCCUAUUGGGUCGUCCAAUGUACGCAAGCAGCCCGUCAGAGCAGCAAAACAGGGUGUCAGCUAUGAGACUGGAGUGCCACAGCAAAGUGAUGAAAAUGCGGGUGCUAUACAGAAGACCCUGUCCACCAGCAGUCUGCAGUCCUUCACCAUCCAUCAAGAUUCCACCAGCAGUCUACCUUCCAGCACCUCCAUCUCAGGCAGCCAGGCCGCCACCUGCGCCACCACCACAUCAUCCUCAUCUUCAUCCUCCAACAAAUCAUCCUUAUCCCUAUCCCAAUCCCACUCCACUUCCUUACCUGCAGUCCGUCAACCUUUGAGGGAACGGAAAGUCAAGCCUACACAAGAUGAAUCCCCUGAAAUUAUUGAUCUUGACCCUUCCAUCACAAGUUUACACAGGUCUUCGGACAGCAGCGAAGCCUCGGGAGGGGGAGAGGUAAUGGACAUGAGUGUAUGCGAAGAUGAUCUGUUAGUGUCUGACUCCAGCCCCCGGGAGGACCUGCUCCAUGCACGCACUGAUGAUGUUUUUGAUGUGCCAGAAUAUGCCAGUGACAUAUAUCACUAUUCCAGACAGGCAGAGGUGUUCCACAAGCCUCGGGCCAACUACAUGUCGAAGCAGAUGGACAUCACGGCCAACAUGCGGUGGAUCCUGGUGGACUGGCUGGUGGAAGUGGCUGAGGAGUACAGCCUCCAUGCCGAGACUCUCUACCUGGCUGUCUCCUACAUUGAUCGCUUUCUCUCUCACAUGUCUGUAAAGCGAGACAAACUGCAGCUGGUGGGAACAACUGCCAUGUUCAUUGCUGCGAAAUUUGAGGAGAUCUACCCCCCGGACGUGAGCCAGUUUGCCUACAUCACAGACAACACUUACAAGGUGGGCCAGAUCCUGCGCAUGGAACACCUCAUCCUCAAGGUGCUUAGCUUUGACAUGGCCGUGCCCACUGCUCACUUCUUUGUCAACAAGUUCUCACGCUUGCUCAAGACCCCAGAGGAAGUGGUACAUCUUGCCUUGUUCCUGGCAGAGAUGUCAAUGCUAGACUGUGACCCAUUCCUGCGGUACCUCCCCUCCUUGAUAGCAGCUUCUGCUGUGGCUCUGGCUAACCACACACAGGGGAGGGUGGCUUGGCCGCAGCACAUGGCUGAGUGGACGGGUUACACCCUGGAGGACCUGCGGGAAUGUUAUGUCAACCUGUACCGAGCCUUCUCCAGGGUACAGGAGCCCCAGCAGCAUGCCAUCAGAGACAAGUACAAAAGCAACAAGUGGCAUGGGGUUUCUCAGCUGACUCCCCGCUCAACUUUUCCCUGGUGAGGCUCAGGCCCAGCUCCCCGCUUGUUGGUUCUGUUGGGUUGACCUCACCUUGAGGACCAACACCUGGUUCUCCAUCUCUGUGAUGAUCGCGUCUCCACACCUGCAGUGCCAUGAGAGGGGCGUCGCCUGUCUUGCUCUCUCCAGGUGGGAAUUCAUGGCCUGUGAGUGUAGCCCAAGAGGAUGGAGAGUCGUACUGGCAGGAGGGGCUCUAAAAAGAUGUUUUUAGUUGUUUAAACUCAUUUUUAUCCUAAGUCAAAGGAAAGGAAUUUAAAACUUUCAUCCUUUUGUCUCAGCAUAAGUGAAGAUUUUAUUUACGAUUUUUUCGUUUUCUAUUGGUAGUGUGAAGACAAAAUGUUAGUGUACCUGUGCAUGAAUAUUAGGGGGGAGGGGGGCUGUCUGCAGUAUUCUUACAUGCUUGGGUUAAUCUUGGAACCUUUGCUGUGGUGAAAACAUAUCAAGCACUAGGAAAGACAAAUGUACAUAUGUAAUUUAGUGGUAGUGUGACAGGGCUUCCCACUCUGUCUUUGGAGCGGGACUAGCCCCACCAGCCUUCAUCCCCACUAUCUCUGGACUGCAAGAGCAAAAAAGCCUACCCCAUUACCCAUUCCAAAGAUUUUAACCUUAUGGAAUAAAACUUUUCUGUAA